AUGGAAACAUUACCUGAUUUAAGAUCAUUUUCAAUGCAUUUUGAUACUUACACAUGUACUUAUAAUGAAUUAGUUAUACCACUUGUACAAAGAAUGUUAACUAUAGAAAAUAAUAAACAACGCAGAAAAGUGAAGAAUUAUAAUCAAGUUUCAUCAAUUAUGGAAUAUUCUCAUCUUAUUCAUCUUGAUCUUUGUCAAAUUCAUGAUGAUUAUAUCGAACAAUUUUUACGCCACAUGAAAAUGUGUUUUGCUAAAUAA